CCAUCUAGUGUCCUGAAGCCGUGCUACAAGCCGUGGAGCUACAUCCCUGACGGGAUCAUGCCGGUGUUCUGGAGGGUGGUGUACUGGACGUCCCAGUGUCUCACAUGGCUGCUGCUGCCCUUCAUGCAGUCCUACGCCCGCUCCGGAGGCUUCUCCAUCACAGGGAAGAUAAAAACGGCUCUGAUAGAAAAUGCUAUUUACUACGGGACGUACCUGCUCAUCUUCGGCUCCCUGCUCAUUUACGUGGCUGUCCAUCCCCAGUGGCACCUGUCCUGGUACGAGCUGCAGACCAUCGGGAUCACAGCAGCUAACACCUGGGGUCUGUUCCUGCUGGUGCUGCUGCUCGGCUACGGCUUGGUGGAGAUCCCUCGCUCCUACUGGAACGCCUCACGGCACGGACACCUGCUCAUCAAGACGUAUUUCAAGGCGUCCAAGCUGAUGACGGAGAAGGCGGAUGCAGAGGAGAACCUGGAGGACGUCAUGGAGGAGGUGAGAAAAGUCAGUGAAUCCAUCAAGUACAACCAUCCGCUGAGGAAGUACAUCGAUACCAUCCUGAGAAAGUGUCCCGUGGACUACCAGGAGAAGAUGGGCAGGAACAUGGACGACUACGAGGACUUUGACGACAAACAGAACACGUACCCCAGCGAGAAGAGCCUGGUGAAGCUCCACAAGCAGGUUAGAGGAGACCCGAGCCCAGACUAG